CACUGUCCAUUCUGCCAGCCUGCAUGGUUUAAACCCACAUACUACUGCAUGGUAAAGGACCAUGUGGAGGGCCAUUUUAACCGAGCAGUAUCACAUGAAAGAAAAGCACCCUGCUUUGAUGGUCUCUGCUGCUGCUGCUAAGGCGCCUGCAUCCCCACGACCCACCGCUGUCUCACCUUUUGCUGCCCCACCCACCGCUGCCCAUCCCUUUGCUUCCCCAUCCUCUGCUGGACCUUCUACCGCUGGACCUUUUACUACUGGACCUUCUACUGCCGGACCUUCUACCGCUGGACCUUCUACCGCUGGACCUUUUACUGCUGAACCUUCUACUGCUACGCCACCUGCUGAUGCCCCACCGUUGCUGAUGCACCACCGUCUGUGCUGCCUGAUGUGGCUGCAUCAUCCAUUGCCCCAUCUGUUGCCCCACUCUCCACUGCACCUCUUGCUACUGCGCCAUGGGCUGCUGCAUCCUCUGUGCUGCCUUCUGCCCCACACAGUGCCUCGCCACCUACAAUGCCCAUACCGCAAGGUGGACAGAUGA